AGCGAGCCAAUCAGUGCUCCGCAGGUCUUUGGUGCCGCCCACUGAACUGAUGCAGAGAUGAAAGCUGUACAGCAGUCUUUGCUAACGGUGUGUACGGGGCAAUAAAGUAGUCUGACAGUUCAUCCACCUGCCUCAUCUGAAGCUUUCAUCGACAGCCUGUCAUUGGUUGUGGAGACAUGCAGCACCAACACUUGCCUUUACAGACACAAAGGUCACACAGAUGAACUCCAGAAAUCUUUUGCCUCUUCAGUUAUUGAGCAAGAACAUUUGAUUAGCUCAGCUUGUUGCUCAAGUUACAAGGGUUAAAUGUCAUAUUGAAAAACAUCUGCAUACACUGCUUCAACACAUUAACUUUCACCAGGCUUGGAGCUGGUGCAACUCGUCCUCAAAAGCAUAUUUCUUAAGCUUCUAAAACAUACCAGAAUAUAAUAUUAAUCCUGCAAGGAGAAGGAACGCUGUGAUUUGUUUUUACGUCCACAUUUGUGUAUGAGUGUGUAAGAGACAUCUUUCUGCACAUGCUCAGACCUGAGAGACCUUGCCUUCAAACCACAUCCUGAUUCACACAAGAUAAAAUUGAUCUGCUGUAAGAUCUGAGGAUUUUACCAAAUCAGCUCACCUGUUCAAACAGAUCACUUCAAACUCCUAGACAAGCCAUGGAUUUUGAGAACAACAAAGAAGGAUGUAUAAACUGCCAAAAGAAUUGCAAUAACAAAUGCCAAUGUCAUUGUCAUACAAUAACCCAAAGUCCUAAACCUAAGCAAAGGACUGAGGAGAAGACGUCUGGAGGGCCUUCAAAAGAGUGCGGCUCCUGUGAUUGUGGCUACUGUGAUGGUGACUUCUGUGACAGUGGCUCCUGUGACAGUGGCUCCUGUGACUGUGGCUCCUUUGAUUGCGACUCCUGUGAUUGCGACUCCUGUGACGGUGGCUCAAGUGAUGGUGGUGCUGGUGAUGGUGGCUCAUAUUACUGCGGCCCCUGUGAUUGCGGCCCCUGUGAUUGUGGCUCCUGUGAUUGUGGCUCCUGUGAUUGUGGUUCCUGUAUUAUUCAGUGAAUGUUUGCAGGAUAAUGGUCAGACAGAUGGAAUUGUGAAGAUGACGCAGCACUCAGGACGGGUUUCAGCUCCAGUGAAGAACCUCAUCAAGACAAAGACAACAGCACUAUGAUCUACAAUAAAUAUCAGGACACCUUUAGUGCCAUCAUGGAUGUUAAACAUCAUAAAAACAAUAUUAUCUGUACAUAUAAAUACAAUUACAACCAAACGGUCAAAUUAAACACAAUAACAAAUCAGUUCAGUUAAAUGUUUUUUUGCCAGUGCUCUGAAUAUCUGUAUUUUUAAGAAAAUUUGUCUGUUUUAAUUUAAUUAAAUUUUUUGGAUUUUACAACAACGAGAACAUUGUCUCUCAAUUUUGAAAUGAUUUUUAUCAUUUUGUAAACAAGCAUUAUGCACUCAUUAUUUGUGAAGGGCACAAGUGGGGGGUGCUCAUCAUGACAGUCAUGUGACACUUCACCA